UGAAAUGCACCGGAUAAGUCUUUGAGGCAGGUUUGUUUUGAGUCGCUCAGAGGCGUCUUGGAUGAUCCCGGAACAGCUGUAGGAGUUAACAGAAGCUUUAAGUUUGGCAGGAAGAUCAACUACGUGAGCUACCUGAGUGAGCUGGAGGCGGUGGUGAAGUGUGACCAGCUGCUGAUUCCUGCCCGAGUCACAGAGUACGACAACAAGCUGAGAGCAGCUCUGAAGCCCAGCACCCAGCCCCCUGCCUCUCCUCCUCACAGCCCCCCACUUCCACACCAGGUGUUCGGCGUUCCUCUCUCAGUGCUCAGACAGAGGGAUCCAGAUGGUGAUCCUGUUCCUGUGGUGAUGAGGGACACCAUCAGCUUCCUGACAGAACAAGGUCUGGAGAUCGAGGGGAUCUUCAGACGGUCUGCCAACGUGACUCUGGUGAAGGAGGUCCAGCUCAGGUACAACUCAGGUGAGGCAGUGAGUUUCAGAGAGAUGGAGGACGUCCACCUGGCUGCUGUGAUCCUGAAGACCUUCCUGAGGGAACUACCUGAACCACUGCUGACGUACCAGUUGUACAACGACAUCGUCAACUUUACCUCUGUGUCUGGUGAGAACCAGGUAGAAGUGAUGAAGACACUGCUGGAGUCACUUCCUGAGGAGAACUAUGCGUCUCUGCGUUACCUUAUCACCUUCCUGGCUCAGGUCUCGGCCAACAGUGAGCUGAACAAGAUGACCAACAGCAACCUGGCUGUGGUGUUUGGACCGAAUCUGCUGUGGGGGCGGGACAACGCCAUGUCACUCAGCGCCAUCGGGCCAAUCAACAACUUCACCAGAACCCUGCUGGACCAGCAGCACCUGGUCUUCACCUAGUCGCCUCUGCUCCUCUUCUUCAUCACAUUCUGAACAAUUAGUGGUUCUCCUGUACCAAACAUGAAAAAACCCAAACUCUGGGCCAGUUGCAUGCUCUUUAGCUGGUUCUGACCCGUUAGCGCCGUCCUGUCACGUCUUGUGUAUCUAAACAACUGAAGAUGAUUUUUAUACGUUGUUUUACUUWAAAAAAAAACCUGAAAUAAUAAUCUAAUUGUGUUGUUUGGGGUCAUGAUCUCAGCUGUUUAAAACUCAGUUUUUUCCACCGUGUCCCAGACUGCAGCACUUUAGCUUCAGCUUCACAGUUUAUACCUUUUAUUCUGUUUCUGUUUCCAGAUAUUAAGUCUGCUUUGUGCUUAUUUUUGUUUGUUUCUUCGGUGCCAAAUAAGUUCUUGACACACGUGACCAAACGUACUCUGAGUUUUUAUUAGUUAGGAGUUUUUGGUGUCUGUGUCAGACUCAGGUGGGGGCUCAGACAUGGUGGGCUCGGUACUGAAACUAUGUGGACAAUCUGUAAAAUGCUGUAACUAAAGUGGCAGCUCUGUGUUUCUGUGUAAAGAGAACUGGGCCUGGCUGAGUGAAAUAUGUGCUGGACUUCACAAAUAACAUUUAAAGGUUUUCUGAGCAGGCGUUCCCCCCAGCACCUGAAUCGGUCCUCUACAGUUCAUCACAGCUUUGUUGUUAAAACCAGAAAACAGGUACGAGUAAAGCCUACUUGUGACCCGUCUGGGUUCUGUGACCUCCAGUCCUGGCCAUGACAGAACCCCUCCCCCACCAAUCUUAACUGGAUCUUAUCAGAAAGUUGGUUUUAGUCUCUCCUCCUACGUUCAGCCACACAUCUUCUCUGUAAACCCUCUGGUUUAUUGUGUAGCACAAACAGCAUUUAAAACAUUUAAUGUGAGUUUUAUAUAUUAUUGUUUGUUUUUUGUUGCCUUAUAUUUUGUUCAGUGCCAUGCCACUAAUGGAGUUUGUCCAAGUCGUACRGUUUAAUUCAUUAAAAAUCAGGUUCUUGGAGUUCUAGGCGUUCACCCUGGCACUGUGUUCGGUCCUCUGAUUUUACACAGCUCCCUGCUUCAGUGACACUACAUUAUUUCAACACUAGUGCUGUGUCAUCAUAAGCACUUCUUUUUCCAUCAUCUUAUCAAUUAUUUAUCAUAUUAUUAUGACCUGACUCGUAUCUUUUGUUCUUGUUUUUUUGUUUAUUUUUUCAGUCUUUGCUUUGAUCUGAAUUGCUUCCAAAGUUCAUUUAAAGAAACCUUGUCGAUAUUUUUAGCUUGUCCCAAAUUAAAAUGACACAAAAUAAAAAAAACUCAGAUUAUUUUUGACUUAGAUCAACAGGUUUGACGUAUUUGUCACCAAAUAUUAGCCAUAACUAAAUAUUAGUCGUAUUUUUUUUCUGUUUUUAUUAAAAUAAUGUGGGAUUAAAUAAAUAUUUCCAGAUGUUUCUGGUUGUGUUUAGAUGUUCUGUUUGUCUCCUGGUUAUAAAUAUGUAAAAAUAUAAAAACGGGGGUCCCUGUAAGUAGAGGUUUGGUGUAAUUACUUGGUGAACUUCUUGUAACUCUGGUGCUGUAUUUUUUUAUUCUGGUUAUCGUAUUUGAGCUGGUCUGUAACAUUAAACAGAAAAAAUAACGAUAUUGUAAAAAACGUUGAAAAGAUCAAACAUUUUGCCAACAGUUUUUGGUGUUCGUGCCUUAAGUGUUCCCCAAGUGAUCCUGUGUUGAACCAUCAAAGUGCCAGUUGGACAGAAACCACAGGGCUGAUCAUAAAUCAGGAGCGAGGCCACGCACUUCAGUUUGUGGCAGAACAGUUAGUUUUGUUUAAAUCAUGUCUCGUUCUUGUGGACCCAGCGUCUCCAUCCUGUCCUGAAAUCAAACUCCUCUCUUAGCUGAGCUUGUCUUGAAUUAAAAAGCAUUGAAAACUUAUCAGACCUUUGUACUGUAACCGUUGUCAUGGUGCRCGUAAACAAUGGGCCCAACAGGAGRCAUGUUCUGUUCUUCAUUCUGUGUUUCAGAUGUGGUCUUGUAAUUAUGUUGGUGAUAUGCUGUAAACCCAAUAAAUAAACGUUAAAACUUCA